UGUUUAUUUUUUUUUUGAAUUGAAUACGAAGUAAUAUUUUCGUAUUUCAACCGGGUUACGUUGUUCGAUUGUGAUAAAUUUAAUAUUUUCUUGAAUAAUUUACAAAUAUUUAAUACAUUUUCAAUUUUCUUCAAUUGGUUUGGAAAUGUAUUUAAGCAUUGUUUUUUAGCAUUGACUAAUUUGAAAUUAUUCGAUAAUUUUUCAAAAUUUGCAACCUCCUUGGUUGGUGCAUGAAUCACCGCAUGGCUGCCCCGCUAAACCAAUCCUCUGUUUAUCGCCGUCGUUGCCGUCGGCCUCUACGCCAAAUUAAUAUCGCACUUUUAUCAGAAAAAUACAAUAAGUCGUCAAACGCAAGAAUACCACGGAGUAGUUGUCCAAGACCACGAAAUAAUCGUGAACCACGUAUGCCAGCUACAACAAUUAUUAAAUUAACGCUUUUGCGAAAACAAUUUACACGUGAUUUACAGGAAUGGCCACUCAGAAUGACCAGGAAUUUAAAAUAACCGAUGUUACUAAUACAAACAUUAUAGAUUCAUCGUUAAAAGUAAAUAGUAACGCGGUUAAACCGCCGCAAUUAAUAAAUGGUUCAUGUUUAACACACGAUGAGUGUGAAACAAAUAGUGAAUUAAAAAAUAGUGAAAAAGUAUCAUCGAAAAGUGAUAGUGAAUUUAUAAUCAAUUCUAGUGAUAAUUUAAUAAAUCAAGGUGAUUUAGAGAGUAUUGUAUCACCUGCAAUUGAUGAAAGUUGCAAACUCUUGGUUAGUGAUGAAAUUAAUCAUGUCGUUUAUGAUCAGUCACAUCAGUCACCAAUUAAAUCGAAAGUGAAUUCACCGACUCGCGACUCGCCAAGUAAAAAGAGUACUGGCGAUAGAUAUGGCAAUGAAGAAACUGAUUCAUUGUUGUAUGGAACUCCAAAAAAGAGUGGCCAUGUUUUUAGCGCUUCAAUCACUGAACCCACCAACAAAUCAUUUAAAGCACCUAAAAGCGAUAGUACGCAUACCUUUAAUUCCAUAAAACGAGGUGGAAUCGUUAAAUCGGAGUCAAUAGACACUGAUAAGCCAGUAUUACAUGUACAAUUUCAUAAUGGUACGAAUGGAUCUGUAAGCACAGCACCUAUAAAAGAUCACUGUGAUAGUCCCACGAUAUCGACUUCCAGUAGUUCAAGUAGUUCUAGCUCUAGUUCCAGUGAUGAUGCUAGCUCUAUAGGAUUAACAGAAGCUCGUGCACCAGACGGCGGUUGGGGAUGGGUUAUUGUUGCUGCAUCAUUUAUGGUCAAUUUGAUUGCUGAUGGAUUUACCUUCAGUUUUGGUGUUAUUUUUGUUGAAUUUUUAAAUUAUUUUGGCGAAGGAAAAUCUAAAACAGCAUGGAUUGGGUCAUUUUUUAUGGCAAUGCCUUUACUAUCGGGUCCAAUCGCCAGUUUUUUAACAGACCGUUAUGGUUGCCGAAAAGUGAGUAUAGUGGGAUCUGUACUAGCCUGUACAGGAUUUGUUAUAAGUUCGUUUACCGAUAAUUUAGAAGUAUUAUUUUUGACAUUUGGAGUUAUAUCCGGUUUUGGUUUAAGUCUUUGUUACGUAGCAGCUGUAGUGAUAGUUGCAUAUUAUUUCGAUAAAAAACGCUCAUUUGCAACCGGCCUCUCUGUUUGUGGUAGUGGAAUCGGUACAUUCAUUUUUGCACCUCUAACAGAAUAUUUAAUACGCGAGUAUGGUUGGCGAGGAACAACACUCAUACUCGGUGGUAUAUUUUUAAAUUUAGCCGUAUGUGGAGCUUUAAUGCGAGAUUUACCAUGGUCUACAAGCCAACAUAAAGAAAAAACGAAAAAGCGUAAACAACGGAGUCGUGAUCGAAAACGAAGACUACGAGAAGGUUCUAGUGCUGAUUCAUUUUCCGUUAGUAACAGUACAAAUACGGCAUCAAUGUUACAACCACUAACUGGUGAACCUCAAUCAUUACCGCCUGAAUUUCCAGAACCAACAUCUCCGGAUGAAGCUCGAUUAUUUAGUUCAUUAGUAAAUUUACCAACAUUUGUAAAUCGUGGUGAAAGAGUGCCAAUUGAAGUAUUAGAACUCUUAUCUACACAUAAAAAUGUUUAUAAUGUAUUACUCCAGAAUUAUCCGAGUCUUUUAAUUCAUUCGCGAAGUUUUAGUGAUUCUGGAAGAUUACAUGAAAUGGCUCAAAGUCAAACACCAUUAGCCGGUCGAUUUAUUCCAGUUCCUUCACCUUUGGUUGCCGAUUCUACAGUUACAUCACCUACAAAUCCAGAUAAAGCUACUAAUCCUGAAGCUCCCUACAUUUGGUGGUUGAAACGGAAUCAAACUGAGGGAGUUACUAGCCACCGUCGUACAAUGUCCGUUAAUCGAAAAAUACCGCCAGCGUAUUUAAAAGAUUUACGAAUGCAUCGACAUUCUUUAACUUAUAGAGGUGCUAUGCUAAAUAUUAAUAGGUAUCGAUUACGUGCAUCAUCUUGUCCAAAUAUCUACAGAAAUUCAAUGACUACCAUUGCAAAAGAAAAGUCGGAAUGGUCGACGGCAUUAUGGGAAUUCUGGUAUUUACUUGUGGAAAUGUUAGAUUUUUCAUAUUUUGCUGAUCCACGGUUUUUACUUUUUACGCUUUCAAAUUUUUUACUAUACACAUGGUAUGAUGUACCAUAUAUGUAUUUAACAGACAAUGCAAUAAAAAUGGGUUAUAGUAACACUGAUGCUUCCAUGCUGAUUUCUAUGAUUGGAAUUGUGAAUAUGGUGGGCGAGAUAUUAUUGGGUUGGGCUGGUGAUCAAGAAUGGGCCAAUGCUGGUAUUAUCUAUGCUGUUUGUAUGUUAGCUUGUGGUGCGGUAACUGCCACUAUACCAUUUUUAAUGAAUUCGUAUGUUUUAUUAUGUGCUAUAAGUGGAGCUUUUGGAUUCUUUAUUGCUGCCAAUUAUUCGUUAACCAGCAUUAUUUUAGUAGAAUUAAUUAAAAUUGAACGAUUUACGAAUGCUUAUGGGUUACUAUUACUUAUUCAAGGAAUUGCAAAUUUAGUUGGACCACCAAUAGCAGGUUUGGUGUGCGAUAUAACAGGAACAUAUGACUUAUCCUUCUAUCUCGCUGGAAUAUUUAUUGCAAUUUCUGGAUGUUUAUUAGUUAUUUUGCCAGCCACAAAACGUUAUAAAUAUUUCCAAAGGCUACAACGGCAAGCUAGCAGCUCAUUAAGCGUUGAUAAUCAAGAUGUUGAACAAAAUGAACCUAAAUUUCAUAAAAUUUUAGCUAGCUGUAUUACUGGAAACAAAGGUGAUAAAGAAAACAGUCCCGUACAUGAUGUUUAAAAAUAUUUCCAUUUUCAACUUUACAUUUAUCUAACGUCUUCUCUAUCAUAUUAGCAGAUUAGCAAAGUUACAAUUCAAUUUUCAAAUGAAUAUUUGUAAUGAAAACAUAACACAUAAAAUUCUUGAUUUGAAACAGCGAUUGUUUAUAUACAAUAAAAAUUAUAAAUCGAAUUUAAUAUAAAAUUUCAUAAAACAGUUUAAUAAUUCAAACAGAUUAAUGUAAUCGAACCAGUCGCAGUCAUCGUGGGUUUUUUCAGUAGCAAAUAGUACUUUACGAAUAAAGCGAAUGCCCUCAUUUUUUGCUGAAAAAGACCAAUAACUCUAGGUAAUUUGACAAAUACCUACCAGAUUUAAGGUGGAUUUAAGAAUAUGUGUGGCAUUGUUAGGCAUAAAUACAAAAGUAAACGGGUAAAAGUGAGAGCAAAUUAGAAAAAUUUUAUAUUAGUUGCUGUCAAUUCAAGCCCUUUAAAGUUCCACUUUCGUAUUUAAGGUAAUCAAACCAAUCCAAUUAGUGGAUCGAAUAUACAUAUAAUGCGUAUAGUAAAACUUUGACUCACUGGUUCAAUUUUAUUGUAUUUUUCUGUACGUGCCACAAGAAUAUUAAGAAUAUUGGAAUACCAUUAAAAUUUUAGUUCAAUUAUACGAUAUACAGAUAAUUACCAUAAUUUACUGAAUUGUUUAUUUAAAGUUAUAAUUUAUAGAAUAUAUAUUUAUGUUUUUUGUCUUCUACAAAAUAAUUCAGUUCGAAAGAGGUUAACUUUAAUAUACGGAGAUAGCCGAAGUAUAACGAAGCUAUCCUUAUUGCGAAUUCCUUUAACCAACAUUACUGGAGUGAUAAGAAAAACUCUCACGCCUGUUAAUCAUUUUUUUUCUUUAUAUUUUGAGUUUUUUUAAAAAUUUUUAUUCUAUAUCCUGUAAAACAUGCGUGAGAGAAUCUCUUUACGCAACCGUUCUGAGGCGUUCAAAGUCGUAGCUAACAAAUUCAAAAUAAGAGAUUUCGAGAAAAUUGGAAAACUACGUUUUUGUAUUGACUUCCUUUAAACUCGCCUACUCAAUCAUCAAGUGGAUUGACAUAUGCAAUCAUUUUUAAAUCUGUAAUUUAUAAUUAACUAAGAUUUUAUAAUGUAACUACCUUAUUCAAAAUACUAGACAGUGACAUAAUUUUAAAAAAUUACUUUUAUUAUCGUAUAGUAAUUAUGGAUACAG